GGAGGGAGGCAGGGCUGGGGUUGAGUUCGAGGUUGCUUUAAUUUUCUUAAACAGUUCAUUGAUCGAGGCCGACCGGUAGUGAGAGAGAGAUAAGGGGAGGUAGAGGGGCUUGGAUCUGGGAAUUGUGUGUGUGCGUGUGAGCCAGGUGGAGUGGUGAGAGAGAGAGAGAGAGAGAGAGAGUGGUAUUUUCCGAAGAUUGAGGGAGGGAGGGGGCUGGGGAGCUAUGGCGUCAUCCCAGGUGAAUGUGCUAGAGUUGCUUCGGCCACUUAUGGAGAGCCAUUCGCCUCCUCUUCAUGCGCUUGUUGUGCCGUCGGAAGAUUAUCAUCAGAGCGAGUAUGUCGCUGAUGCGGAUAAAAGACGGGAGUUUGUAUCAGGAUUUAGUGGAAGCGCUGGAAUUGCGUUGAUUACAGCUAAAGAAGCUUUACUAUGGACCGAUGGACGUUACUUUCUGCAAGCUACCCAACAGCUUAGUCAUCAAUGGAAGUUGAUGCGGAUUGGAGAAGACCCUUCUCUAGAAAACUGGAUUGCUGAUAACCUUCAUAAAGAUGCAAACGUGGGGGUCGAUCCGUGCUGUAUCUCAAUUGACACUGCUCACCGAUGGGAACAGGCCUUUAGUAAGAACGGGCAGAAACUCGUUGCAUUGAAAGAGAAUUUAGUUGACAAAGUAUGGGAAAAUCGCCCUGCACAUGUCGUGGCUCCUGUUUGCAUUCAGCCCUUAGAGUUCGCAGGUAGACCAGCCAAGGAAAAGAUACAUGACCUGCGUGGGAAGCUGGUCCAGGAGAAGGCUUAUGCUUUUGUCGUGACUACCCUUGAUGAGGUUGCGUGGCUUUACAAUCUGCGGGGAGGAGACGUGCUCUACAACCCUGUAGUUCAUUCAUAUGCCAUUGUGACCCGAGAUUCUGCCUUUUACUAUGUGAAUAAGGCAAAAGUGGAUUUAAAGGUUGAACAAUAUCUUUUCGAGAAUGGAGUAGAAGUCCGUGACUAUGAGGCUGUGUUUGAAGACGUAGAAGCUCUUGCUUCUGACGAGCCCUCUGCAUUGAAAAAGUCUGCAGAGAAGAAUGGUCAUACAAACGGUCAUGAAAUUGAUGAAGAAACAGCAUCUUCUGAAUCCAAACCCACAGAAGGACUUGAGGAUUGCAGUGUUCGAGGGCCUCUUCAUGCUGGUGAGGGCGUGUUUGUUUGGGUUGAUCCUGGCACAUGCAGUUAUUCUGUGUAUUCUCGUGUGCCACUUAAUCGAGUUAUCUUGCAGCAGUCUCCUCUUUCCCUGGCGAAAGCUUUGAAGCACCCGGUGGAAUUGGAAGGGAUGAGGAACGCUCACAUCCGGGAUGGAGCUGCUGUUGUUUCUUAUCUUUGCUGGCUUGAUGCCCAGAUGCAAGACUUGUAUGGUGCAGCAGGGUAUUUUUCUGAAGUAAAAGGCUCUCUCAAACGGAAGCGCUCCGAGGAGGAGAAAUUGACUGAGGUGACCGUUGCAGAUAAACUUGAGUCCUUCAGAGCCAAGCAAGAGCAUUUCAAAGGUCUUAGCUUUGAGACCAUUAGCUCCGUAGGAGGAAAUGCAGCCAUUAUCCACUAUGCAGCCAAGAAAGAGACUUGUGCUGAGAUGCAACCUGAUUCCAUGUAUUUGUGUGACUCAGGCGGUCAGUACCUUGAUGGAACCACUGACGUUACGAGAACUAUGCACUUCGGAAAACCAACGUCUCACGAGAAAACUUGCGCCACUUUGGUGUUGAAGGGGCACAUUGCCUUGGACAUGGCUGUCUUUCCAAGUGGCACGACGGGUCACGCGCUUGACAUCUUGGCAAGAGUUCCCUUAUGGAAGGAUGGUUUGGACUAUAGACAUGGAACUGGUCAUGGUGUUGGUUGCUACCUAAAUGUGCAUGAAGGACCUCACCUUAUCAGCUUCAGGCCACAAGCAAGGAAUGUUGCUUUACAGGCAAAUAUGACAGUUACUGAUGAGCCUGGAUACUAUGAGGAUGGGAACUUUGGAGUUAGGAUUGAGAACGUCCUGAUUGUGAAGGAGGCACAAGCGAAGCACAAUUUUGGAGAUAAGGGCUAUCUUGCUUUUGAACACAUAACUUGGGUGCCGUAUCAGACAAAGCUUAUGGACCUAUCAUCGAUGUCGGAAGUUGAGAAGGAUUGGGUUGAUGAUUAUCACAAAGUGUGUCGGGAGAAGGUUAGUCCAUUGCUUUCUGGGCUUGAGUUGGAAUGGCUUCAAAAGGCGACGGAGCCACUUCCUCGAUGAACAUCUGUUUGCUGAUGUUCAUGUGGACAGAAUCGAACUGCUAUCCAUCAGCUUUUGUUUGGGUUGUUGAAUCAAUACAGGCACAUUAUGAUGUUCAUCACUAUUAUAUUGUUGAAGGCUGUGUGCAACUAUGACAGCGUAUUGUUGGGGAUUCCUUUUUCUAAGUUGAACUCUUUUGUUUUACUUUUUACAUCAUCAAAUCUCUUGCAGCAAGCCAA